AUGCCGCCCGGCAUCCUGCCACGUGUUCCUCCCCUGAAGGCAGCUGCCGACAUCCUUCGUCAGCAUCCCCACGCGUCGAUAGAGGUCCUGCCGCUCGACCUCUCCCGGCCGGCAUCCGUUGUCCGUUUCUGCCACCUCGUGCGCUCGAAACUAGGGCUGGAUGCGGUUAUGACUGGUGCUGAGGAGGGGAUUGAAAAGGUGGGAGAAAAGGCGAGGAGUAUCUUUGGACUUCUCGAAAGCAAUUCCAGUUUGGAGGAGGCACAGCAGGGAUCAAGACGAGGAGGGGAAGAGGAAGAGAAUGAGGGGAGGGCGAAAGAGGGUAGCCAGGAGGGUGGAGAGGAGCGGGGGCUGGAGGAAGAGGCAGUAGAUGAGGAAGAGGAGGAGGAGGAGGAGGAGGAGGAGGAGGGGGAGGAGGGGGAGGAAAAGGGGUUUCUCUGGGCCAGCAGCAGCAGCAAUGGCAGACGCGUAUGGCUCAACAUGCUAGCUACCAAGCACCUCGGCCCUGUUCUAUUCACGCCCCCCCUGCUGCCCCUCUCGUAUGCCAGCCCGUCGUUCGAAUCGCCCCUCGUUUCCCUUGCUCAUCGGUGUCUGCAGCAUCCUACCCACCAACUAUCUCGGCCCGGUCCUGCUCACGCUCUGCCUGCUGCCCCUCACCAUUCCGUCCUGUCCUUCCAUUCCCCAUUGCGAAUCCCCUCAACCAACUACCUCGGGACUGUCCUGCUCACGCUCCGCCUGCGCCCCUCACAUACAGUCACCUCUCUGCCCCUCUCGUCUCCCCCACUUAUUGGUCAUCGCAGCAUGCUAGCAACCAACUAUCUCGGGCCUGUGCUACUCACACUCCGCCUGCUGCCGCUCAUGGGAAGACGAGCGCCCUCCUUACAAGCACAUGCACAUGGAGGGAACAACACAGGCGCAUGUGGGGAGGCGGAGGAGAGACUGAAAUGCCGCGUAGUCAAUGUGACUUCCUUCACGCAUAGAUCAGUGCGCCAGCUGUACGUGUCUGACGUGGCAUCUCUAGCAGCAGGCGCUGCUGCUCCUGCCGGCUCACCCCCGCCUCUACCCGUAGUCCCCGGCAUGAGAGAGCUGCCCAUGCCCCGUCAUGCUGAGGAGCUGCCCUCCUUCCUCGCAGCCACAGUCAACGCAGUCAACUCAGUCAAUGCUCUAUCCUCUAUUUCUGUCCCUCCCUUCAGCCCCAUCGACCCUGGCAUGGGAGCUACCUUCCCUCUCGCAGCCACAGUCAACAACAUCUUCUCCCUCCUCGGCCUCUGUUUGCUCCCUCGCGCCCUCGUCCCUCUCUUCCUCCGCGCCUCUACUGCUCCCCAGGCCUAUUUCUCUCCUUCCCCUUGCUUCGCCCCUCCUCGUCUUCCCCCCCUCUCCCCCCACUUCGCCCUUCCCCUCGCUGCUGACCCCCCCACCCCCACUUCCCCUCUGUCCCUUUCUUACCUCCACUUACCCCCAACUUCUCCCAAUUUCCUGUUUGACCAAUGA